AUGCGGUUUGCUUCAAGGAAGAAUGGAAUGAAGAAGACCCUUUGUCAAAGGAGGGGCAGACGUGGUGUGGAGGCACGAAAUAUGACCAUGAGGGUCAGAAGACCUCUACAAGGGACCUUCAGAAAGAAAAUCCGAUCGUAUGCCACUCAAUCGAUGAAGCCGAAGAAAACAAGAAAAGCAAACCGUUUCUUCUCUGGCUGUGGACGCACGAAAUAUGACCAUGAGGGUCAGAAGACCUCUACAAGGGACCUUCAGAAAGAAAAUCCGAUCGUAUGCCACUCAAUCGAUGAAGCCGAAGAAAACAAGAAAAGCAAACCGUUUCUUCUCUGGCUGUGGACGUAA